GAGGCGAACGAGAGGGCGAGCGAGCGCGGCGCUCCCGGGCCGGCCCGGCCCCCUCCGCUCACCAUCGCCGGCCCUUCGCCGCCUUCCUCGGCUUCCACCUCCUCUCCCCCCCCCCAAGUAGAGGCCCCCUCCGGGGGGGGGAGGCCCCUGACCGGGAGCGGAUUUCCCUAACUCCUUCAACCCCUCCCCCACCCGGCCGGAGUGUGAGGAGAAGGGCCCGGCCCGGCCCGCGACGCGUGUGAGGACACCGGGCCGGCCCACGGGCCGUCUGGGGCCUGGUCCGGCCCGCCGGGUGUGUGAAGACCGGGGCCCCGUGCGGCCCGGCCCGAGGGCGAGCGGAGGGGAGGGGCCUGGUCCGGCCCGGCCGGUGCGCGAGGACUGGGGCCCCGGCCCGGCACCGCCGCCGCCGCCGCGAUGGCCCAGCAGCAGAUGACCAGCUCGCAGAAGGCCCUGAUGCUCGAGCUGAAAUCCCUACAGGAGGAACCGGUGGAGGGCUUCCGGAUCACCCUGGUGGAUGAGUCCGACCUCUACAACUGGGAGGUGGCCAUCUUCGGACCCCCCAACACCCUCUACGAAGGCGGCUACUUCAAGGCACAUAUUAAAUUUCCUAUUGACUACCCAUAUUCACCACCUACCUUCAGAUUCUUGACCAAAAUGUGGCACCCCAACAUUUAUGAGAAUGGAGAUGUAUGCAUUUCGAUACUUCAUCCUCCUGUAGAUGACCCACAGAGUGGAGAACUGCCCUCUGAAAGGUGGAAUCCUACUCAGAAUGUGAGGACUAUUCUGUUAAGUGUAAUCUCACUGCUUAAUGAGCCCAACACCUUCUCCCCAGCCAAUGUGGAUGCUUCGGUUAUGUUCAGGAAAUGGAGGGACAGUAAAGGAAAAGACAAAGAAUAUGCUGAAAUCAUUAGGAAACAGGUUUCAGCCACUAAAGCCGAAGCAGAAAAGGACGGAGUGAAGGUCCCCACAACCCUGGCGGAAUACUGCAUCAAAACUAAAGUGCCUUCCAAUGACAACAGCUCAGAUUUGCUUUAUGACGACUUGUAUGAUGACGACAUUGAUGAUGAAGAUGAGGAGGAGGAAGAUGCCGACUGUUAUGAUGAUGAUGAUUCUGGGAAUGAGGAGUCGUGACGUGCUCCUUUGAUGCCCCUGUACUGCCCUGCCGUCUCAGGCCAAAGGGAGGGGAGCAAGUGGGGACCUAGCAGCGGCCCCUCAACAAAAACCUAUUCACCGGGGGUGGGGAAAAAAAAAAACACAGCUCCUGCUGACUCCCCUUAUGGAUCUCAGUUUGCUCCUUUUUAUGGACCUUUCAUGGAGAGAAAGUAACCCUCCACAGAAUGUCUGAAUUCUUGCAUUCUUUACCCUUCCAUCACUGUAUUGAUUCUUUUUUUAAAAAACAAAAACAAAAAACAAAAACCAACAACCCAAACUCCCGCCUCACUUCGUCUCUGCAGAAUGUUCACAGCAAAACACGUUUGUUCCGUUUUUAGAUUCCUGAAGAAAUUAGUCUUUUCAAGACAUUAAUGUGUUUAAAGCUGGAAACCGUUGGGAGUUCACAAGUGCUGCAUAUACUGGGUAGCAAAAGAAAAUGGAAAAAAAAAAAAACCCACAAAACAAACUUUAAAAAAAAAAAAAAAAGCAAAUUUGCCAAGGUUUAGCUGCUCAUUUACAUUAGUGUGUACGCAUUCAUUCAAGUCCCAUGGUGGUGAAUUUUCUUUGUUUCCCUUCCUAACCAGGAUACAGUGGGCAUCAGGGACUUACUUCAUGCUAAGCCUGAUGAAAUGUGCUCCUUAAGCCUUCACAAAAUCAUCCUAACACGGAGGCCUCAGCUAUUCUUGAGGAGAGAAAUCAGAUUUUGUUUUUUGAAAUCGAUUGGGAAUCUAAAGCCUGAAAUAAAUAUUCAUACUUUACAUAGAACUAA